UAUGUAAUGUAAACACCCAACAAGCAUAAGCAUAUAAGCAUAUUUUGAGAGUGAGAGAAAAUGAGUGACAGAGGUGAAGUGAGAGGGGUGGGAGCCUGUGAUAACACCUGUGGCUGCACAGUUCCAUGCCCUGGUGGUUCUUCUUGCAGGUGCAGGAGUGCUGGGACUACAGCGGGAGGGGGUGAUCACGUGACAUGCACGUGCGGAGAGCACUGUGGAUGCAAUCCAUGUUCAUGUCCCAAAACUGCAGCAGCUGGAAGUGGAUGCAGAUGUGGUUCAGAAUGUGCCUGUGUCUCUUGCCGCAGUUAGAUAACAUCAUAGUUUAAACCAGAUAUAAGAUAUAAGAUUAGCCCUAAUAGAUGGUUUCUAGUAUUGGAUAUAUCUACGAAGGUAAAAGGUGGUUGGUUACAUAAGUCAUAUGUUAAGGUUUUUCCUUAUGCAGUAGGCAUAACAUGCUGCUAUGUUAUGCCCAGUUCUACUUGAAAACGAUCAAUCAUAAAUAAAAUAUAUGUAUUAAGAGAAAUGCAUGUUUUCUUUGCUGUGAAUUUAAUGAAGGUGCAUGCACCAGUGCAAUAGUGUUGUUUAGAUUUAA